GUCACUCAGUAUCUCUUUCCUCAAGAACCAAGAUCAAGGGUGGACAUCCAUGUGCUGCUCUCCUGCCCACCAUCCUUCCGAUCGAUGAACAGCAAUGUGGAUGAAGACGUUGGAGAAGCUCUCCCGCGGUAGCUCCGCACCCAGCAGGAAGAUUGGCCGUCUGCUUAUUGCCUCUCUCCUCGUGGCAAGCUGUUUGUUGCUAUGGAACAACUUCAAGACCAGCUUCAAUCAGAGCCGACUGCUAGCCAGCUUCAGACAAUCGAAAUCCUCACCACAACCGCCAUUACCACACUCCUGCAAUGCUACAACAGAGACUAUUGAGCGAUACCAGCUCACGAGGCCGGUACAGUUCUUGCGGCGGGAGAUCAUCGCCAGUCGAUCGUCGUCCGACCUGAAAUUUUCAGAACCGCUGGACGCCCCUCUGUUCGACUAUCGCAGCGCGAAUCUGACAGCCCAGCUGCUCGGAGAGCAAACGCUGGACGCUUGCUCGCACCCUCUUACCGUACCGGUCCCCACGCCGCCGGCGCAGGUGGACGCCUCACAUAUCGACUUUGGGGUGGCGACGACAUAUGAUCGAUUAUACGAGUCGUUGGACCAGUUCGCGCACUGGGCUGGCAAUAGCAAUGCGCGCAUCUUCGCUCUGAUCGAGCCGCAUGGCGGCCACCACACGAUGAUGAACAAGGCCCAAAGCCUGGGAAUCCAUUUGCAUAUUGUUGAGUCGGAUAUCGAAUAUAACGCGCGAUAUUUCUCAUUGCUGAAGCUGCUCGAAGAAAAUGCACUGGAAGAGACGGAAUGGUCCUGCAUCAUCGACGAUGACACGUUUUUCCUGUCGAUGCCUGCGCUCGUUAAACGACUCGAUCAGUACGACUCGUCGAAGCCGCUCUAUAUUGGCGGCUUGUCGGAAAGUGUCGCGCAGAUCGCAGUGUUUGGCAUCAUGGGCUUCGGCGGCGCCGGCGUUUUCGUCUCGCGACCGCUUCUGGACCAGCUCAGCGAGGUAUUCGCCGAAUGUCAAGCAAUGGAAGGGACGGGAGACAAGAAGAUCUCCCAAUGUAUCUACCAGCACACGUCGACGAAAUUCAUCGACGACCAGGGCCUGCGCCAGCUCGACCUGAUGGACGACGCGUCUGGAUUCUUCGAAGCUGGUCGCGAACAACCGUUGUCCGUCCACCACUGGAAAUCAUGGUACCAGGCCGACAUGAUCAAACUGGCCACCAUCUCCAAAAUCUGCGGCGACACCUGCCUACUCCGCCAGUGGCGUUUCUCCGACGACUGGAUCCUCACCAACGGCUACUCGAUCGUCAAGCGCAGUCGAGAAAUUGCCCCAGGCACAAUGGAGCGAACGUGGACCUACCACAACGGUGCAGUGCUGGAAUCCUACUUCCACGCCCUGGGCCCUCUCGAAGACAUAGACCCCGGAAAGAUCAGCUAUCGUAUGGAAGACUCCAUUAUCGAAGAAGACGGUCGCGUAAGGCAAUUCUACAUCCAUCGAGAUGACGUCGAAGGCGAUCGCGUGAUCGAGUUAGUAUGGCGAUCUGAAUGAUCCGAUAAAUUUUCAUUGAUGGCUUCUUUCUGAUCUGACUGGCGUUUCUUAUCAUUCCUGGUGUGCGUGCAUGCGUGUAGAAGGGAGUUUUCGCGAACAUUGGUUAACUACUUUCUCUCCUGAGAUCGAAUCGAAAAUGGUUAUGACUAAUUAGUAACUAUGCUUAAACAUUUUCGUUCUCUGUCAUUUUAUUUUCUGUUACUUUUUUGCUACUUUUCUAUUUUUUUCUUUCUUUCUUAUUAUUUAGAUUGAUAUCCAUGGUAGCAAGAGCCAGUCACGGAGAUGAGGAAACAGACGAUUAAUGUGUAUUCUUAGAAACUAAAACUAAUCUCUUCAAAGUUGCUUCUUCGCUGG